AUGAUCUUCAAUGCCAAAUCAAUGAUGAAAAAGGAUUUUCGUAGACACGAAUUACGUAUAUCGAAUGGAAUCGAAUCGUACCACCAAAACUUGUAUAGGUUCAUCACUAAAGGAUCCCAUUUAAGUCAAGCUUUGCGUGAAAUUAUUAAGGUAUCAUGGAUCUACAGCGAUGAAAUGUUAGGCUAUUACAAUGAUGGUGUUAAGCCAAACUAUGGGUCCAAAAAGCGAUCAGCCACCUCAAAAAAAUUGAAUAAAAGCUUUUAUGAACUUAGUGAUAGUAGAGCUCCGGAUACCUUGAAUGCAAUCUACCGUACGCAAUCGUCAAGCUCCAAGAAAAAGAAGGUUGUUGAAAAGGCGUCUUCUGUUAAUCAAGGAACGAACUUUUACAAUGUAUUUGGAGUUGUUAAGGACAAUUACGACAUCGCUGACACUGAUGAAUACAUUCAAGUUGACGAAACUACAGUUGAUUUGGAAGACAUGAUUUUUACUGGAACGAUGGAAAAAGAAGUGAAGGAGAAGGUGUUCAAUGGGUUCAUUGUUAAUGAUCCCAGUCAAGAUAUCAUGGGGGGAGAAGAUUAUGUUGAUACGAAUGACAUUAGUGACAACGAGUCUGUAAAGUCUGUCGAAUCCGUAGAUUCGGUAAAACUAUUCGAAGAGCUUUAUGCUGAAGGUUAUGUUUCUGAAAGCGAUGUUAUUUUAAUGAGAACACACGGAAAAUCCGUGGACUUCGCAAUUCAGAACUUGAAGCAAUUGACGUACCAAGACUUUACAAGAAAGUAUGAUGAAGGUGGCCGUACCAGACCAAACAGAACAAAACAGCCUUUACACUUUUACAGUCACAUAAGCAUCAACACAAACAACUCCUGUUUCAUCGAUGCCACGUUUGAGCUUCUUUGGAACAGUGUAUUCCCUGCCAUCGACUUCUCUGGCUUGGAUUUUGAGUCGGAUGACAUUUUUGAUCAGAUUGAACCACAGUCCACAGACGUUUUGGACACUAAGCAUUGCUUAACUCGAGAGUCCUCGUCGAUGGCUAGAGAGUUUAUCCGGGCCAUUCCAAAGACUAAAGGAACUGGAUUUCAGUACCCUCGGGGUGAAUAA